CACAAUAUAUCGUACAACCGUAUCUGCAUGAUAUCAUGUCAUUAUUUACAGCGCAAUGCAAUUCAUUUUAUAAAGCUCUGUUAUUUUUUUAAACGAAAAGCGGCCAUGAAUUCUUCGAAAAUGAAAGUAAAAGCAGCUUUGGUGUAAGAAUAUAUAGAAAUACAUGUUUAUAGUAGAUAUGGUGUAAGGUACGUAGGAGUACGUGUUUAUAAUUGGACGUAUUACGCGUUUUGAUAACUUGAUCCUGGAAGAAGGUUCGUUCGGUGACCAUCAACGAAUAACACUGGCUGUGAUAACAUAGUUGUAUAAUGCUGUAAAUGACCAGGAUCAUCCGAUUUCAACACAGCUUUGUUAUAUAAUUAAUGUAAAAGUCCAGAAAACAUAAGAUGAAAGAUGAUAACCAACGAUUUUCCCUCUGAAGUGAGAUAUGAAGAGGUAGCACCACCAAUAUAUAGAAAUCAUUGCACACCGGUCAGUACAGGAAUAUCUCAUCGAUUUCUACUACCGCUGUCUUCGAAAAGAUCAACCGACAGAUAUGCCAAAAUCCUUAUCAUCGUCGCUAUAUUGCUGGCUCUGUCCUGCGUUCUACUGGCCAUCUUUACAGCUCUUCUGUUUGCUAAGUUAGAGCGGGUCCGAGGUGAUUUGAGUGAUUAUUCCAACACUAUAGCCGACCGAAAGAUAUGCUUCCUUUGUGCUCAGCUGAAUGUAUCCCAGUUUGAUCCCGAUGGGAAAGCUGCUCUGAAACUCUUGGAUGUGACUUUAGAUGACAACGGAAAUGACGUCUGCUGUGCUAGUGACGCCAGGCAAACCAAAUCUUUGUUCGAACUGGUAUAUAAGAAGCAACCUAAGACAACUUGUUUAAAAGGGACAGCUAAUCCCGAGACACCGUGUGAUAGCUCCCUUCCCUCCCCUACCACAACCGGGAUGUCAGCCGCACAUCUCAUCGCUGGUCUCCAGAGCAUGGGAAACGAUGCUGACACUGCGCAUAUCCGGAACUGGCGCACUGAUGACGUGACGACAUAUCUCGAGGGCCUCCAGUUGAUCAAGGACAGGCUUGUCAUUAAGGACACUGGUCUGUAUUUGGUAUAUAGUCAGAUAUAUUUCUCUAAGAACGUCGCUGCGACCGCCCUGAGAUCGGCCGUCCUUCUCAAACACUCUGUGUACCGGUAUAAUGUCAUCUACCCCAAUAGCGGGAACCAGGCUCUCAUGGACAGUCACGGGACGAUGAUAUUUGACCCCGUGACGGCACACAGUGCGCUCACAAGCUUCACAGCUGCUGCUCUCCACCUGGUGGUAGGGGAUCAGAUAUACGUCACAGUUUCAAAUAUGUCAUUGGUGUCAGGUGACGAAAAAGCAAGCUUUCUAGGUGUGGUCAAAUUUGAAUAAGGCAACAAAGUUCGUCGACGUAGCAUAGUGCUCUAGUAAAUAUAAGAUGUUUUUUGUAUAACCUAUACAGAUUAUAGACAAGGAACCAAAUAAUCCAAAAGUGUCCAACGAGUUCUUGUUUGCCUCUUACAUUUAAUGUACGAUGUAACAAUGCGUGUUCGACUAUCCGCUGCAUGUAUACACUCGCUACUGCUCGCAGACUGAACAUCUUUUUAACUACAUUUAAAGGAAUGUAAUGCGGCGAAACAGGACUAUGCAAGUUAAUUAAACGUCCGUGUAUCAAAUCCUGCAGAGACUCGAAUGACAGCAAUUAUGGAUCAAACCUAAGCCGUUUGACGCUAAACUCAAACAGGAUUGGUUUUCACAUCGAUAAUGUAUGGUGGUUUAUUUAAGUGAUUUCUUCAUAUCAUUUAUACAUUUGCGAAAAGGAAUCGUAUCAGAUAACCCCAUACAAAGUUUACUCACGAAACACAUUUAGCUUUAGAUGAGGAGAAUAUCUUUCCAUAAAGUUAUGUACUGUUAUAUAAUUUGUCAGCGUUGAAUGAUGUCUCUUCUUAGAAAAAAGGGGAAGGGAUCGUUUUGGUUUUUUAAUCAGAACGCAUAAACACUACUACUUUGGAAAACAGGAAAUGUUAUCCAUAAGGACAAAGGCACGACAAAAGCCUAAGGUAUUUUUAAUUCUUGUGAUAAGAUUGUUUUAGAUCAUAGUGAGAAGAAAAGGCUAUUUGUGUCAAGAAAAUAUAUAUGAAUAUAUGAGUAUUUUAGCAGCAUUGAAUAUUGUUUAUGAAGUUUGAAUAUCACUUUUAGGUAUAGAAAUAAAAUAGACCUGCGAUAUUAUUGUAUUAAUUUUGUGUGUGAUAAAAUCUCAUUGUUUGAUCGAUGAUUUCGCUCUGAAAAUAAAUGGAAGUGAA